CCACGACGUGUCGUCACUGAUAACCUAAACAUGGCUGACGGCGAGCGAUGAGCUUAGUGAAAACCUAGCCCAAAACACUGGCCCACUCUACACAUUCGACAAGCCUGGACGCGGGUAUUUAACGCUUGCGGGGAGCAACGUUCAAUUUUGUCAUCGUAAAGACGUCAUCAACCGAAAUAGGUGCUCUUUUAUUCGAAAGUAGAAUCGACCAGACGGCGUUAGCAACAUUAGCUUUCGAACCAACUGCUGCUUUUGUGGUUUUUUUCCCCCUCUAAGUAAGUGGCUCACGUCGACCUCUUUUUGACUUCUUUUUUUUCGGAAGGGAUACGUUGUUUUCGUUUUUAAGAGACGCCGUCGAGUUAAACCACGCACAUCGAAGCCAUAUAAAGCGGAGCAGCCCGUCGUCUAACUGGAGGUCCCCGGCAACUCCCGAACACCGAGACACCGCCGCAGUCCCUAAACAUGGAACAAAGGCGCAGACAGGGGAAAUCGCACCCCGCCGACGGCGGUAGCAGCAGCGGCGGGGACUCGGACGGCGGCUGCCCCUCGUCCCCGUCCGCGGGCCAACAAGAAGUCCCGUCUUCUUCGGGCAACGCGUUCGCCAACGACGGCAGCUUCAUGGAGAUGUUCAAGAAGAAGAUGGAAGAGGAGAUGAGGAAAAAGGCGCAGGGGGCAGAUGGAGAGCAAGGACAUACGAAGCCCCCUCCGGUCACCAGCUUUGUGGGGAAGCGCAGAGGCGGUGUGUUCCUUAAGACCGGCAUGGUUGCCAAGAAGCAGAAACAGGACACAGAGACGACGCCCGGCAAGAGUGAUGCUUGGUCAAAGUACAUGGCGGAGGUGAAAAAGUACAAAGCGCACCAGUGUGGCGAUGACGAUAAGACCAGGCCAUUGGUCAAGUAGACGUGGAUCCCGCAGAAGAGACCUUUGCCUUUCUUCCAUCUUUUGUUACCCUGAAGUUUGCCUUUUUGUCUUCUUUUUUUUUUCUCGGUUUGAUUUGAUAAUGUUCAUGUUCUCCUCAACAAUGCUUUGAAAGCUUUGCAUCCGUAAUUGACCGUGUAGUUCUUUUGGAUGAUGUUACGGCUUGAUAAAAAUCGACACUGCCUAUUCA